AUGUUUUUCGCCAAGCUUAUAAAAACUCUCCUUCUUGCUUUCCCCAGCGCUUCUAGUGCUUUCAUCAUUCCCGAGGGCACUGGAGAUGGUGUCUACAAGCAACAUGUCGAUGCCAAUGGUGUUGAUAUCCACGUCAAGAUUGGCAACACCACGGACUUCUCUGCCACUGAAUUGAGCGCUUACACCAAGAUAGUGAACUCCAUUCGCUCUCCAAGCCUUCAGGCCUGCGAUGGCACUUUUUGCAACCAGGGCGCUGACAAAGCAAAUAUGCAUCCUGGCUGCAGUGAUUAUGGGCCGACCAUGGGUCACCACAACUACUACUCUGUUCGUGGCAAUACCGUUGCAAUCCCUUGCGACCGUGCUAUCAACUCGGUCCAAUGCACUGCGAGUAGACGUGCUCAGACGAGCAGACACAUCAUGGAAAAAUGCGGGUGGCACCAUGCUGGAUGGUGGGAGGAGCAUUUGAUUAGCUACGGUUACGAUAAUGGCAGAUGUUUCUGCAGUGAAUGCGUGUAA